CACCUCCUUCCCUUCAUGAUGCAAGUCCCUGGACGCUGCGUCGGCCUCCCACGCAGCAGCGUCGACUCCGCCAGCGGACGACAACUGGGCCGGGCUCCCCGUAUUGGCAGGCCAGCAACGCGAGGACGGACGCGCACGGACAGAUGGCGGGAAAAUACGCGUGGCGCCGUAUUCGCUGGCUGCAGCCCGUCGCGACUCCCACUUUGUAUUGCACCUAUCGACCCCUGUCGAUAAUCGCCCUUGGGUCACUCUCCCCUUUCGCUCUCCCCUCUCGCUCUCCCAAUCUCGCCACCUCUACGCGCUGCCCACGUCGAUGCGGGUCAAUUGGAGCACCCGUCGCCAGCGAAGACCGCAACCCACGGGACACGCAUACACCGCCGCCUGGUCCUCUCCCGAGUACGCCCCGCGCUACCGGCGCAACGCUCUCCUGCAAGGUUUUCUCGGGAGGACACUCCGGGACUGCAGUCGCACGCACGAAGCGGAGAAUGCAGAACACGUACCGCAGUCCAUGCAAUCACCGGCGCUGCACAUACAGCAGUACAUGAACGAGCUACAUCAGCAUGGUCAAGUCAGGCUCAGAAGGCGACGUGAACUCGGGCAGGACGACGCGACGCGAGACGCGGAGGCAAGAACAUGUACAAGACCCGGCUACGUUGGGCAGCAUGCGCGUCAGUCCAUGCACGGACGCACCUCGCUAGCCUUCGCUGAAGAGUGCAUGCGCAGGGAUCAACUCGCCGUACCGCGACAUGCACCGAGCAAUCCCGGUCGAGAAGUCGGCACGAAAGCUCAGAGGAUCGAACAGCGAAAGGAUGUAGCCAGAGCGGAAGGCUGGGUGCGCGCUGCGCGGAAGACGAGGAUGCGAUGCAAGAGGAAGACGGCAGUACCGAGCAGAGGAAGAAACGCGGACAACGGACGUCUUGAACACUCAUCCACACGCACCGCGAUCGGGUCCUGCUGGCAGGUGGACGAGGCGGCUGCUAUCACUCGGUUACCGACGCUCCGACGCGUAGCGGGGACCGACCCGCGCUGGGCAGUACGGUGAGCACUGAGCGGUCUUUGCCCGUGAGUGCACCGAGGCUGAAGAGCUAUCACAUCUGCGCUCUGAGCUAUAGCCUGUCGCACGCAGCGAGGCCCGCCGCGUACCGGGACACGCGCUAUCACCUUAUGGUCUGCAGGUUCUUCGUCAAAUCGUAUGCUGCCCAAAAGGCGUCCGCCUCCUUGACAAGCAUCGAGGUGCAGGACGCCACGACGUCCACGCCUAGGUUGGC